AUGACUGAUCGCAGAAACUACUCUCCCGUUGGACGAGGAGGUGGCAUUGGAGCAGGGUACGAUUGGUCGGAUGACGAAUAUUCUCCACGUACACACGGACGAGAUAAAUUUCGACGGGAAAGAAGUCUGGAGCGCGAUCAUGCAAUGUACAGUCGACCACCUCCUGACGACUAUGAUCGCUAUGAUCGCAAGAAGAGACACCGUCGUAGUAUCACACCACCUGAAGAACGACGACACAGUAAACGACGAGCGUCAUUUUCAAAGAUGGGGUCACCGUCUCAUGGUGGCGAUUAUAGGGCGAUGCCACGGGGAGGUGGACAGCGCGACCCUGAUUACCAUCAUGACCAGCCUGAUGGCGAUCACUAUAUUCCUAAUUAUGAACGCGAUGGGUAUGCACCGGCCCCACGCUACAGUAGCUUAUCAGAGUCUCAGAGCUCCCCUGCAUUUAACUAUCCAAUGAUAGGAGACGUUGUGAAUAUGCCAAUGGUGGGAGGAGGAUGGCCAGCAAUGGGAAGAAUGCCUGCGCCGGACUUGGAUCAGCUCGAUUACGUUGUGCCUUUCAAGCUAUUCUGUGAACACUUACGAACUGUUCACUCACGAAGUCAUUUCGACGACGACGAACUACAGAAACGUUACCAGCAGUACAGAGAAAAGGUUUUGGGUCGACAAUUGAGCGCAUUUUUCAACAACAACAAAGAGAAGCAAUGGUUCCAAGAAAAGUACCACCCGAAAAUUGCCAAAGAUCGAAUUGAAGAUACCAAAAAGCGUCGGCUGCAGAGCUUGCAACAGUUUACAAAGGAUCUCGAGGAUGGCAAAUACGAUGAUGUGAAUUAUGACGAACUCUCGAAGACAGUAGCAGCAGCAGGCACCUCUGCUGAUCAAGAGCCAGGAAACAAUGAGGAUAUCAUUGCUGCUACUGGUCCCGGAACGACGACGAAGGAAGAGGAAACUACAGAAAAUGCUGGACAAGAAGAAGAUGCGGAUAUGUCAACGAAGGAAUAUGAAGACCAUUUGGUUAUCAAAACUGUCCCUCCAACCAUCGCACGCGAAAAGAUCAUCGAGAUGUGUAGUGGUGUAGAUGGAUUUGAAUAUGUCGUAUUAUCCGAACCUAGCCCCAACAAAAAGUUCCAUCGAAUUGGCUGGAUACAUUUCAAGCACGGCACCGACAUGCAAAAAGCGUUUAACGAACUGGAUAGCCGAAAGAUCGACGAUUUCGUUUUCCACCUGGCAAUGAAUUACAAGAAUCAAUAUCAGUCAAGGACUUCCAAAGUUACCCCGGAAAUCGCGUCGACUUCCAAACGUCUGCAAAAGGAUCUUGACCAGGCAAAACAGUUGGCGAAGCAUCUCGAGGCAGAGCUUGGUGGCGACGUGAAUGGAUUGCAGGCUGUCUUGGCACGUGCCAAGGAGGUUAUUGCAAAGCAUAAAAGUGCCACUUCUACAACUGAAACCGGAGCAGAAGGAGAAGAUCCAACCGAGAGCAAUAAUGACAAGUCGGGUGCAGACAUGGAUAUCGAUAACCAGAGCAUUGAAGAGAGUUGGAGUCUGAAGAAAGAACUGGAUAUGAUCCUGGCUUAUUUGAGACAUGUGCAUAUGUACUGCUACUAUUGUGCCCUUGAGUGCGACUCGCAAGAAGAGAUUAAUAGACGGUGCGUUGAUCCGCAUCUUCGGAAAGUUGGAACAGCGGGUGAAGAGGGAGAUCCAAAGCAGUCAGCGAAGAAUGAGAAAAAUGGAGUACAAUGGUGCAAGAAUAUUGACCAGAAGAUUGCCAUGAAGAUCAGUGUCCCAGAUGACCGUGAACUUGAACGUUUAGGAGGCAAGGUCUUGAAAACAGAAACCGAUGCUUAUGUGAAGGAACACGUACUAAAGGAACACGAAGCGAAAUACAAAUGUCGAGUGGGUGACUGUGCUAAAGCAUUCAAGGGCUUUGAGUACGUUGAAAAGCACAUUUUUUCAAAACACCCGGAGGAAAUCGAUGCUAUUAAGGAAGAAGUUGAGUUCUACAACAACUAUAUAUGCGAUCCUAACCACCUGGUUCCGGUAAACAACCCGAAUGCGAAUGCUGGUAACAUGCCAAUGGGAGCCAUGGGCAACGGUAUGCCAAUGUCCAUGCCUUUUAUGAUGUCUGGUAUGAAUGGGGGUGGUAUGCGUGGACCACCAGGCAUGAGCCAUGUACCAGGUGCUACCUUUGGAACUCCUUGGGAUCAGAUCCCUAGAAUUGGGUUCGUUGAUCCCAAUUGGGCUAUGGGUGGUGGCGGCGGUCCAGGUGGCCCCGGCAACCGACGAGGAGGCCCAGGACGUGGCAAGGGCAUCAAUGAAAGACUUGGCGGCAGACUAGCACUGAGUUCUUCAAAUUAUGACUUGGAUGAUGAUCUCCCGAAAGAUCCACGCCAGGUCAAGUCCUAUGUUGAUCUGGAUGCUCCCGCUGAAGGUGAUGCGGAUAUCUCAUUUUAUUAA